AUGCACAAGCAAGGCAAGACACGCUCCAAGACCGGUUGCCGUACAUGUCGCAUUCGCAAAAUCAAAUGCGACGAGGAGAAACAGCAAGUUCAGGGCCAGGCGGAGCCGCAGUGCAGACGCUGCGCAGCAGCCCAGAUCAAGUGUGAAUGGAAAGGCGGUCCAAUUCCGCGCAAGUCAAUAGGCACAUCUACUUCGACAGGUUCGAAUAAAGAUUCGGAUAGGCUGUCGAACCAUGGCCGCAAUAUUUCUAGUGAUCAGGUCGUACGAAAGCGAUCGGGCGGACAGUCGCCAAUUGGGACCUUCAAUGCGCUACUGUUACCUGCGCGAAUAAGUAGUGGCGCUUCAGAUGGAAGUAUACAGGCCGCCAAUUCCUUAACGCUAUCGCCUUUUGAUCGAGACUGUCUGAGCUAUCUUGAAUCUUCCACUUUGGUUGUGAUGCUUGGGAAGCACUGGCCGUGGUCGGCAAUGUCCUAUGCCUAUCGAAAAAUUGCCGUUAAUGAGCCUAUGGUCAUGAGCAUGAUUCUGGCAAGUACAGCCCAGGAGAUUCAUCGAUCGCGGCUUUACGAUCAAAAAGUCUUGAGCGGAAAUUGCGAGAGGGUCGAUUCCUGCGAGCUGGAUGGACGGAUGCAUUAUGGUCGGGCGCUGUCGAGCCUCCGGCAUGCCCUAAAGCAGAACGCAAAUCCUAUACAAAAGAUUGAAGCGAUCUUUAUCACGCUUUGGUUGAUGAUAGACUACGAAAACCGCUUCGGUAGCGGCGCAACCGCUAUCAACAUUCAUAUAAAGGGCAUCGAAAGCCUUUUACAGAAUAAAAUCGUCCCUCUGUUGCAAAAUCGCUAUUCGCCUGCUGAACACCAAAUUCCUUUGGCAUCACAUCCCUCACCAAAAACUUUUCACAGUGAAGUUGAUCAACAGCUCCAAAUCAGUCGACAGCCGGAUAAACCCGGUAAGAAACAAGUUACCAAAGACUCGGCCGUCUUCGCGACCGAGUCUGACGAUACAUUUGAGGGGCUUCGUCGCACCUCUGUACCUUUGUUUCUACUUUGGACCCUCUAUUUUUUCACGCCCGGUGCUCUUUUCUUUGCCCCUACCACAGGAAGGCUCGACACCGAUAUAUAUCAAUCUUUUUUAACGGAAACAGCCGACGUUGAUAGUACUAUAUCUAUCACGUUACCGGAGUUAUACAGAAUAAGCAGACAAUCCCCGGCUCGCUUCUGGGGCGAUGAAUACCCAAUGUCUGCCCGGUUAGAUGAUAUGGAAAAUCUUCCCAGUCUUACUUUAUACCACCGCAGCCAUGUCGUUCAGUUUAAAAUCACAGAGCUGUUCAAACAAGGCACUGCGUCAGUCUCGAUCCCUAGUGACCAUUCCCCGUACCAACAGAUCAUUGAUGAGAUUUAUACAAUAUCCGUAGAGUACGACACAGUUCUUGGAUCUGCCAAAAGCUCGACUACAUGCGAGUCGAUUGGCGAUGGCCGUCGUGUCAUGGAAACAAUUCACUGGGCCACCAUAACAUUCUACAGCACAAUCGUAUUCUUCCAUCUCUGUUUUCAGGAUGUUCUCAACAACCGCCCAGAAACUCAAGUGCGGAAUACCUUGAUCCCCCUUCAGACGGCUGUUUCGCACGUCCUUGAACUGAGUUUACAACUCCACCGCAGCCGACCUCGGCUCAUGGUGCGGAUUACCUGGCCUCUAUUUCUAGCCGGGAUCGCGACUUCGGAUCAGAUUUACCAAGACUGGGUAUCGAUUCGACUUCGAGAACUCGGACGCUAUGGGCAAAACUUCAGCCGAAUCAGUAGACGUUUUGAUGAGAUUAUCCGAGGCAGCCCUCCGUAUGCCUAUGACAGAGAUGGGUUUUUUUAG